AUUCAAUAUUUUGUUAUCAGCUGUCCCCUAUCUAUUCCAGUCGUUGAUGUUUGUCUGCUGCUAAUAGACGUGUGAAAAAAUGGCUACUAUAUCAGCUCGACAAGCUACUCAAGAGCAUGUUUUAGCUAUUUGUCGUGAUUUUGUAUCUCAACCAAGAUUGACUUAUAAGACCGUAUCUGGUGUAAAUGGACCACUGGUCAUUUUGGAUAACGUCAAGUUCCCUAAAUACAAUGAAAUUGUACAACUCAAACUGUCAGAUGGCACUAUUAGGUCUGGACAAGUUUUGGAAGUCAGUGGACACAAAGCAGUCGUCCAAGUUUUCGAAGGCACUUCUGGAAUUGACGCCAAAAAUACUCUUUGCGAGUUCACUGGCGAUAUCUUGAGAACCCCAGUAUCUGAAGAUAUGUUGGGACGUGUGUUUAACGGGUCUGGAAAACCAAUUGAUAAGGGGCCGCCAAUCUUGGCCGAGGAUUACCUGGACAUCCAAGGUCAACCUAUCAACCCCUGGUCCCGUAUCUACCCGGAAGAGAUGAUCCAGACCGGUAUAUCGGCCAUCGACGUGAUGAAUUCGAUCGCCAGAGGUCAGAAGAUUCCCAUCUUCUCGGCCGCCGGUCUGCCCCACAACGAGAUAGCCGCCCAGAUCUGUCGACAGGCCGGUCUAGUCAAGAUACCCGGCAAGUCGGUCCUGGACGACCACGAGGACAAUUUCGCCAUCGUGUUCGCCGCUAUGGGUGUGAACAUGGAAACUGCCAGGUUCUUCAAGCAGGACUUCGAGGAGAACGGUUCCAUGGAGAACGUGUGCCUCUUCCUGAACCUGGCCAACGAUCCGACCAUAGAGAGGAUCAUCACGCCCCGUUUGGCGUUGACAGCGGCCGAGUUCAUGGCCUACCAGUGCGAGAAGCACGUCCUGGUCAUCUUGACCGAUAUGUCUUCUUACGCGGAGGCUUUGCGUGAGGUUUCAGCCGCCCGUGAGGAAGUGCCCGGACGUAGAGGUUUCCCCGGUUACAUGUACACCGAUCUCGCCACCAUCUACGAGCGCGCAGGUCGUGUAGAGGGCCGUAACGGCUCCAUCACCCAGAUUCCGAUCUUGACCAUGCCCAACGACGACAUCACCCAUCCCAUUCCCGAUUUGACCGGAUACAUCACCGAGGGUCAGAUCUACAUCGACAGACAGCUCCACAACAGGCAGAUCUACCCUCCGAUCAACGUGCUGCCAUCUCUGUCUCGUCUGAUGAAGUCCGCCAUCGGAGAGGGCAUGACCAGGAAGGACCAUUCCGAUGUUUCCAAUCAACUGUACGCUUGCUACGCCAUCGGUAAGGACGUGCAAGCCAUGAAAGCCGUCGUUGGUGAAGAGGCUUUGACUCCUGACGAUCUUCUGUACCUAGAGUUCCUCACCAAGUUCGAGAAAAACUUCAUCACUCAAGGUAACUACGAAAAUCGCACAGUGUUUGAAUCUCUGGAUAUCGGCUGGCAACUCCUGCGUAUCUUCCCUAAGGAAAUGUUGAAACGUAUUCCAGCAGCUACACUCGCAGAAUUCUACCCCAGAGAUUCCCGUCAUUAGUAUUUUUUUCAAUUAUUUCAAUGGAUUUUAUUGUCUUAAAGGAAUAGUUUGUUUUACAAAGAUCCCCACUAUUUUAUCUAUAUAUCCAUUAGUUUUAGCCAAUUAUUUUGGUGCAAUUUUGUACAUAAGUCCAACACCGUACUUCAUUUCCUGUAAAAUAAAAACUAUUAUUCGUUGUAUAGAUAUAUUUUAAAUAGGAAACAAAAAUGGACAAUAUACAUGUAUAUUAUCACUGAUAUUAUGCCAUAGCACAACUACUUUUCGUUUCUUUCCAAUUUUUUUUUUUUUACUAUAUAUAUAUUAUUUUUACCUACAUUCCAUUUUGUUAAUAUCAUCGUUGUUAAUGUUGUAAAGAGCAAUACACUGAUAUGAGCUUUCAGUAUUUUUUAUUAUAGUUUUAAAAUAAUGGUGAAAGGAAUUGUCAAUGUUGAAUUGUCGAGUUGUAGUAUCAAAUUAAGAUCUUCACUUAUCCCAUUGCGAGUUUAGUUGAAUAAGACACAUUGUGGUUAAAUAAUUGAUGUAUGUUACCAAUUUGAUCGAAACGUAUCUAGAUAUCAAAUUUUCCUUGAUAAAUUAGGUAAAAUGUAGAUGAGAACUUUUGGAAUGUAAUAAAUAAAACUUGUUAAGUU